AUGGCUCACAAAUUGAAGAAUAUGCACCCAGAUGUCGCACGAGAGCUUCUGAGGCACGUCAGACCAAAUCCACGUCUUGCCAAGACUUCCAAGAACAAUAGCAAAUCGUCAUCGUCAACCAAGGUUCUUCUCGGGUGCACUGCUUUCGUCGCUUUCGCGGGAUCCCUGCCCUACUGGGCGACCAAGACUAUUGGGAACCUGACUGAAAAGGAGGAGGCUCUAUCGGCGGCUCAAGUGAGGCGUGGGGCAUUCAUGAAUUCAGGCUCUAGAGAUGCGGGGAAGGACCCAAAUUGGGAUUGGAAAAAUGGCAAAUAUGUGUAUCCCAAGGGGUUUGCAGAGCAUUUGAAGAGACAGAAUCCGAACGAGACAGACCUAGGGCCAGAUAUUGGACCAAUGGUACGCGAAGAAAAGGACCGAAGGCAAAGAUAG